AUGCCCAGCAUCCAGCCCUGCGCCCACCCCGGUCCGGCCAUCCUGGAGGUCUGUUGUCGGAAGAUUGAUACGCCGAUAACGUGCUGUGGACCUCAGACUUUUAGCGUCCAGACUCCGGACGGUACCGGCGCCAGCCCGAGGCAGCUCUAUGAUGAUGUCGUCUUUUUCCAUGCUGGCUUUCGCCGCUUAAUCAGACUUCCCGAGUCCCUCUCUGCCUUCCCGCCGCUGUCACCUUGGGUCGGAUUUUUCAAGCCUUGCGCCCGCGGAGCCGCCACCAUGUUGUGCCGGCAGCAUCUGUCGCGGCACAUUGUUGCCAGGGGAUCCUCGAGAUACGCCCACAGGCUGAACACCGUAUCGUUAUCGCGGCUGUACUCGAUAAAUGCCGCCACAUCACGCGUCGCACCCAAGCCGCAUGCAGCGCGCUCGUAUCCCACGACAGCAAGAGGCGUGCCCACCGCCCGCUUCUCUACAUCGGCGGCCAGGCGAAAGGAAAAGGACAACGACUUCUUCGACCAGAAGGUGGAGCCGCUAUCGGAAGAGGAGGUGAAAGCAAAUCUGGAGAAGAACAAGGAGACCGAGGAGGUGGCCGAGCGGGCCAGUGAGGCCAAGAGUUCCACGUCUGACUCUCCCCCGUCUGGCGUAAAAGACGGCCAAGGCGAUGCAGCGGAUGGAAAGGGGAGUAGCGCUGCUGGCGGAGCUUCCUCUGGCUCCGGGGGCGACGGCCCAGGGGAUGGUGGGCGCAAGGGUCGUAAGUCUGGAGCUGAUAAGGCGCUUCAGAAGCCCAUCGUGCCUGAGGUUUACCCGCAGGUCAUGGCAAUUCCCAUUGCUAAGCGCCCGUUGUUCCCUGGUUUCUACAAGGCCAUCACGAUUAAGGACCCUCAGGUGUCGGCAGCCAUUAUGGAGAUGAUCAAGCGGGGGCAGCCGUACAUUGGCGCGUUCUUGUUCAAAGACGACAACGCCGACGAGGAUGUCAUCCGCAACCCCGAGGAUGUCUAUGACACUGGUGUUUUUGCGCAAAUCACGAGUGCCUUCCCAGUUCACGGAGAGACUACUAGUCUGACUGCCAUUUUGUACCCACACCGUCGUAUCAAGCUGUCCACCUUGAUCCCGCCAGGCGCCCAGGAGAAAGAUGUCAAGAAGUCCGAGCCAAGCACAGAGGCGACUCCCGAACCCGAGCCUAUUCCCGCUAAGACCGAUGAAGAGGUGCAACGGGAGAAGAAGGGUGAUGUCGUCGCCAGCUUCGAGGAAGGUGUCGUAGCGCCCAAGUCCGAGUCACAGCCGGAAAAGUAUGAGCCAACGUCGUUCCUACGGAAAUACAACGUCAGCUUGGUCAACGUCGAUAACCUCGCCGAAGAGCCGUUUGACCCCAAAAGCUCCGUCGUUCGGGCCGUCACAAACGAGAUUGUCAACGUCUUCAAAGAAGUGGCAACUAUGAACAGCCUCUUCCGCGACCAAAUUUCUACCUUCAGCAUGAGUUCGUCAACUGGCAACGUCACCGCCGAGCCAGCUAAGCUUGCCGACUUUGCAGCAGCUGUCUCGGCAGGAGAACCUGCUGAGUUGCAAGAGGUCCUGGCUUGUCUGAACGUCGAGGAAAGGAUGCAGAAAGCGCUCGUGGUUCUGAAAAAAGAGCUCAUGAAUGCACAGCUUCAAUCCAAGAUUACCAAGGACGUUGAGCAGAAGAUUACGAAGCGGCAACGUGAGUACUGGCUCAUGGAACAGAUGAAGGGCAUUCGUCGGGAACUGGGCAUCGAGUCCGAUGGCAAAGACAAAUUGGUUGAGAAGUUCAAGGAAAAGGCCGACAAGCUAGCCAUGCCAGAGGCUGUGCGCAAGGUUUUCGAUGAUGAGAUUAACAAGCUGGCACAUCUGGAACCCGCUGCCUCGGAGUUCAAUGUCACCCGAAACUAUCUCGACUGGCUUACCCAGAUCCCCUGGGGUCAGAGAAGCGCUGAAAACUUCGGAAUUCAGAAUGCUAUGAAGGUUUUGGACGAGGAUCACUACGGACUGAAAGAUGUCAAGGACAGGAUCUUGGAGUUCAUUGCCGUUGGAAAACUACGAGGCACAGUUGAAGGCAAGAUCCUGUGCUUCGUUGGCCCCCCUGGUGUCGGCAAAACCAGUAUUGGCAAAUCGAUUGCCAGAGCACUCAACCGUCAAUACUACCGGUUCAGCGUCGGUGGCCUUACGGACGUUGCAGAGAUCAAAGGUCACAGGAGAACAUAUGUCGGCGCACUUCCAGGACGAGUGAUCCAAGCCCUGAAGAAAUGCCAAACAGAGAACCCUCUGAUUCUUAUCGACGAGAUUGACAAGAUUGGACGGGGCUACCAAGGUGAUCCCUCCUCCGCGCUUCUGGAGUUACUUGACCCAGAGCAGAACAGUUCUUUCCUGGAUCACUACAUGGACGUACCCGUGGACUUGUCGAAGGUCCUCUUCGUCUGUACCGCAAACAUGACCGACACCAUCCCGCGACCGCUUCUGGAUCGUAUGGAAGUCAUCAGGCUGUCUGGUUAUGUCUCCGAUGAGAAGAAGGCCAUCGCCGACCGUUACCUGGCACCUGCCGCCAAGGAACUCGCUGGCCUGAAAGAAGCCAAUGUUACCUUGUCGGAUGAGGCAAUCGACGAGUUAAUCAAGUCAUACUGUCGCGAGUCCGGUGUUCGAAACCUGAAGAAGCAAAUCGAAAAGGUUUUCCGAAAGUCAGCGUUGAAGAUCGUGCAGGAUCUUGGAGAGGAUGUUCUCCCAGAAUCAGAGGCACUCACCGAGGAUGGAAAGGCAGCAAUGGAAGAGUCAGAGAAGGAGAAGGAGAAGGGCAACAAAGAUCCAGUGUCGCCCGAGGCAACAGAACAGGAAACCACGGAAAAGCCGCGAGUUGCACUUAAGGUGCCCGACUCUGUCGAGGUGACCAUUGACAAGGAGAACUUGAAGGACUAUGUUGGUCCUCCAGUCUUCACAUCGGAUCGUCUUUACGACGUGACGCCACCUGGAGUUACCAUGGGUCUCGCUUGGACGCAAAUGGGUGGCUCUGCCAUGUACAUUGAGUCCAUUCUGCAGUCUGCUCUCAGACCUAGCAGCCGACCGGGCAUGGAGAUCACCGGAAACCUCAAGUCAGUCAUGAAGGAGUCCUCGACAAUCGCGCUCUCCUUUGCCAAGGCUUUCAUGGCGAAGGAGUUCAGUGACAACCACUUCUUUGACAAGGCAAAGAUCCACUUGCACGUCCCCGAGGGAGCUGUGCAGAAGGAUGGCCCUUCAGCUGGUAUUACGAUGGCGACGUCUCUUCUGUCAUUGGCACUUGAUACCCCGAUUGACCCCGCUGUCGCCAUGACUGGCGAGCUGACCUUGACUGGAAAGGUCCUCCGGAUUGGCGGGCUCAGAGAAAAGACCGUAGCAGCGCGGCGGGCAGGCUGCAAGCUGAUCAUUUUCCCGGAGGACAACCUGUCUGAUUGGCUGGAGCUGCCUGAGAAUAUCAAAGAAGGUAUCGAAGGCCGGCCAGCAAGCUGGUACAAGGAGGUGUUCGAUCUCGUUUUCCCCAAUGUAGACAGAGAGGCAGCAAAUCGAUGCAAGAUCUGCGAGUGGAAGAAGGAGCAUGACGCAAAGAGCGACAAGGACGACGAUUAA